UUGACAUGCGCGCGCGUGUUACCCAUAAGUCACCGCGGACCUCACCGAUCUCUCUUUCUACUUUUCUUCUUGUAGCAGUGUUUCUUCUCGAACGAGAGAAGGGCUAAAAUGAAGCUUAACAUAUCCUACCCCGUCACGGGGUGUCAGAAGCUGAUUGAAAUUGAAGAUGAGCGUAAGGUACGGAGCUUCUAUGACAAGCGUAUGGCCAUGGAGGUAUCUGGGGAGUGCCUGGGGGAUGAGUGGAAGGGAUACGUCUUCAGGAUCACUGGUGGUAAUGACAAACAGGGAUUUCCCAUGAAGCAGGGGAUCAUGACCAAUGGCCGCGUCCGCCUCCUGCUCUCCAAGGGUCACAGCUGCUACAGGCCACGCCGCACUGGUGAGCGCAAGCGCAAGUCUGUCCGUGGCUGCAUUGUGGAUUCCCAGCUCAGUGUUCUGAGUCUUGUGAUUGUCAAGAAGGGUGAGCAAGACAUCCCUGGCCUGACGGAUAACACCAUCCCACGUCGUCUGGGUCCAAAGAGGGUUGGCAAGAUCAGGAAGAUGUUCAACUUGAGUAAGGAGGAUGACGUGAGACAGUAUGUGAUCAGGAGACCACUUCCUGAGAAGGAGGGUAAGAAGGCAAAGAGCAAAGCUCCCAAGAUACAACGCCUGGUCACACCUGUAGUACUGCAGCGCAAGCGUAAGCGUUUGGCCCUGAAGAGGCAGCGCGCCCAGAAAUGCAAGCAGGAGGCUGCAGACUAUGCCAAGCUGCUUGCCAAACGUGCCAAGGAGGCCAAGGAGAAGAGGCACGAACAGCUCAUGAAGAAACGCAGAGCUUCUAGUCUCCGUGAUUCUGUCAGCGCCAAAUAAACAACUGUAAUAAAUUGAGCUUCAGUGAAA